AUGAGUAAAUUAAUACCAUCAGCCGCAAAGCUUUUAAGCGGAGCAACAGUGUCGAAAGCAGCCGCCCCAGCUGUAGUUGCUUCAAAAACAAAUUAUAGCACUAAAUCUGAAUCAACUUUUGAAAUCAAGCCUUACAAACUUCACAAAUUGGAUAAAGGCCCGGCUACGUCAGCUACUCUAACAGCAGAAGAUGCAUUGCAAUUAUAUGAAAAGCUUGCUGUCCUACGCAGAAUUGAAACUGCCUCUGGAAACUUGUAUAAGGAGAAAAUCAUUCGUGGAUUCUGCCACUUAUAUUCAGGCCAAGAAGCGGUAGCCGUGGGAAUGCGUGCUGCAUUACGUGACGUUGACUCGGUCAUCACAGCCUACCGUUGCCAUGGCUGGACUUAUUUGAUGGGGGUCAGCGUCCUUGGAGUACUCUCGGAAUUGACAGGAAGGAGAACUGGUUGUUCCAGAGGCAAGGGUGGCUCUAUGCACUUGUAUGGAAGGAACUUUUAUGGUGGGAAUGGAAUUGUUGGUGCUCAGGUUCCUUUGGGUGCGGGUCUAGCAUUCGCCCACAAAUACCGCGGUGAUGGUGGCGUAGCAUUUGCAUUGUAUGGAGAUGGAGCAGCUAACCAGGGGCAAUUGUUUGAGGCAUACAACAUGGCUAAGCUUUGGGACUUACCCUGUGUGUUUGUGUGCGAGAACAAUGGUUAUGGUAUGGGCACAAGUGUAGAUCGAUCAUCGGCCAGUACCGAAUACUUCUCUCGUGGUGACUAUGUCCCUGGUAUUUGGGUGGACGGUAUGGAUGUCAUUGCGACGCGGGAAGCAACACGCUACGCCAUCGAUUACUGCUCUAGUGGAAAGGGACCCCUAGUAAUGGAAAUGGAGACAUACCGUUAUUCGGGCCACUCCAUGUCUGACCCGGGUACGUCAUACCGCACACGCGAUGAAGUGCAGGAGGUACGACAGACCCGUGACCCGAUUACUUCCUUCAAGGAGAAAAUUAUCACCAGUGAACUUGUUACACCUGACCAGCUUAAGGAAAUCGAUACAAAAGUUCGUAAAGAAGUAGAUGAAGCGACCAAACAAGCCAAGGUAGAAGCCGAAGUCGGCCCCGAGGAAUUGGCCGGCGACAUUUAUUAUAACAAUUUGGAGAAUGUCAUUCGCGGUAUUCACCCGGCCGCGCCCCUACAGCACGUGGAAGUGGUUCCCAGGAAUUAG